CAGCUUAUAAGUUAGCUCCAAUUUCAGCCAUCCAUCUCCUUAUCCAUUUUGUCUAAUAAUUCAUCUCAAACAUAUCACUCAAAUGUUCACUCUUCUAUUUUCUCUCUACUUUCCCAAACUUAGAUCACUCCACAAGACAUCACAACCAGGUUGGUGGUCAGAAAGCAAUGGCAACAGCUUCAGUGACACUCUCUCCAGCAACAGUUACUCUAGCAGCCAGAGUUGGCACAAACAAGUCUUCCCAGAAAAGAACCAAAGUGAAGUACAUUAGUGGCUUGAAUUCAUUUGAAGGGCUUAAGGCACAUAACAAUGCUGUCUCAUUAGGCCUCCCUUUGAGUACUGAACAGUCAUUUGCCAACAUUGUUAGUUCCUUGAGAACAACAUCAUCAUCACAAGGCAAAGGUGGAGCUUUGUCUUCUACUUGCAAUGCUGCUGUUGAGAUUUUCAAGAUUGCUUCCAUUAUUCCAGCCCUGGUUCUUGUUGGAGUUGCUGUUGGUUUUGUACUCCUUCGGAUCGAAGCUUCUGUUGAGGAAGCUGAUUGAAAAGUUGGUUCGCUAUUGUGUUCUCUUCUCUUCACCAAGAUUUACUUUCUCUGCAUUAUGUAGAGUUUCUUUAUUUUGGUUAUGUAUAUUGAACUAAUAAGCAUUGGAAAAUUUUGAGUUUUCACAUGUUAA